GGCCGUUUCGUCUUCUUCGUUGAGUAAACUUUGACAUAAACCGUAUUGUUGCCGCUUGUUCCAAGCGCAAAAAGGCUUCCGCAUCGCUAAAAAAUACCAGUUUUGUGCAGAAAACUACAUCCACGGUCUUUAAAAUUGGUUAUCCCAGCAUAACAAACGCGAUGUCCGAUCGUGAUCGUGAGUAUCGUGGUGGUGGAGGUGGUCGAGGCGGUGGCGGCGGUGGUGGUGGCGGUGGUGGCGGAGGAGGCGGUGGACGCCAUCGUUCACGGUCUCGCGAGCGUCGCCGUAGCCGCUCCAGAAGCCGUGGCGAGCGGAGGAGAUCCUCGCGUUCCCGUUCACCUUACCGGAAGCAUCGUUCGCGGAGGCGCAAACCUUCGCUUUACUGGGAUGUGCCACCGCCAGGGUUCGAACACAUUACACCGCUGCAGUACAAAGCGAUGCAGGCUGCUGGGCAAAUCCCGGCCAACAUAGUGGCGGACACGCCGCAGGCAGCCGUUCCGGUGGUCGGUUCCACCAUCACGCGUCAGGCGAGAAGGUUGUACGUGGGCAACAUACCGUUCGGCGUUACGGAGGAGGAAAUGAUGGAAUUCUUUAACCAGCAAAUGCAUCUGUCCGGUUUGGCUCAGGCGGCCGGUAAUCCGGUGCUUGCCUGCCAGAUCAAUCUGGACAAGAACUUUGCGUUCCUGGAGUUCCGGUCGAUCGACGAAACCACGCAAGCCAUGGCAUUCGAUAGCAUUAAUUUUAAAGGACAAAGUUUGAAAAUUCGACGGCCGCACGACUACCAGCCCAUGCCCGGUAUGACCGAUUCAGCGGCGGUCAAUGUUCCCGAAAAAUUCUCCGGCGUCAUCAGCACAGUGGUACCGGACUCGCCGCAUAAAAUCUUCAUCGGUGGGUUGCCGAACUACUUGAACGAGGAUCAGGUGAAGGAGCUGUUGCUUUCGUUCGGUCAACUGAAGGCGUUCAAUCUGGUCAAGGACGCCGCAACUGGUCUGGGCAAAGGUUACGCCUUUGCCGAGUACGUUGAAUAUACGACUACCGAUCAGGCAAUUGCAGGGUUGAACGGUAUGCAGCUGGGAGACAAAAAACUGAUCGUACAACGUGCCAGUGUCGGAGCGAAGAACUCGAACGCCGCCGUCGUUGCACCGGUACAGAUUCAGGUACCGGGUCUUUCGCUGGUUGGCUCAUCGGGUCCACCGACGGAGGUGCUUUGCCUGCUGAACAUGGUCACACCGGAUGAGCUGAAGGACGAGGAAGAGUACGAGGAUAUUCUGGAGGACAUUCGGGAAGAGUGCAACAAGUACGGUGUGGUGCGCAGUGUGGAAAUUCCUCGACCGAUCGAAGGCGUUGACGUGCCCGGCUGUGGCAAGGUGUUCGUGGAGUUCAACUCGAUCGUCGACUGUCAGAAGGCGCAGCAAGCGCUUACCGGGCGCAAGUUUAGCGAUCGCGUCGUCGUGACGUCGUACUUCGAUCCAGAUAAGUAUCAUCGGCGCGAGUUUUAAGGGCUGGCAGCAGUGUUAAUCCUGCAAAUAAUUGUGCAUAAUCGGGGAGUGUGACUAAUGUAUACUGUGACGAGCACUCCAGUCUUUUGACGUCUUGGACUUGUUUAAUCCCAAUCUGUCUUUUUUCUUUCUUAUUUGGCAAUGCUGUCGUUGUCGGUUUUGGCCUCCCUCUAGUCUCUAUUGGAAGGCUGUCUGUGACAUGAUUUAUCUAUAGGUUCGUAGCAAAAUUUAAAUUUCAAACGGUUUUUGGUUCAUAUUUACAUCAGGGUUUUUACACUUCCAUACAUAGUUUGAUUGGAUUCUUUUUGGAUUGACGUUUGUUCAUUAGUCCUCCGUAAUGCCAUGCAAUUGUUUCAAAAUCAAUAGCAUUUAGACACCUUUUUUGGGGGCGAUUUGGCAUACCUUACAUGUACAGAUCAUGCAUUUGUUCGACCAUGUUAGAGGAUCGAUAUAGAAUUGGGAUGUUUGCUUCAUUGGAUCGUUUUUCUUUCUUCUUCUUUUGCCCUGCAACCUCAGUAGAGGUUAGCCUGCCAUUGCUGGGGCUUCCUUGACUUACUUUACCUGUAGCAGGACCUCGUCAGUCCUGCGUGCGUAGAGACCAGUAUCGCGUUCAGGGAUAAUAAGCAAUUUAAAAAUGACAAAAAACUCAUUGUCCGGACCAAAGUCGACAGCGACCGAAUAUUGUAUAUGUCUUGCAAUGAAUGUGUACAGCAGAUUAACAGCAUCAAUUUUAAAAGUCUUCUUCAUCAUUUGCACAAUCGUCUCUAGUGUAACUUAACGAUGUAGAUGUUUAGGGAUAACAAUGAUGCGAAGUGCGCGAAUGAUGAAUACAUGUAAUGCAGUUGGACAUUUCGGUUUUCAGUCAAGUACGUCAUCAAGCUACUGAAUCAAUAAAUGACUUUGCAGUGGAAA